GCAUCUGGAAUCUCCAGAGCAAACCUGUAGUACAAUUUAUCUGCGGGAAAAAGUAGGAGAGCCUCAGUAAGUACAUAAGGAAGCCAACGGGUACACUAUAAAGACCGGAGCAUGUUCUCCUUAAAUAGAAUGAUACCUCAGGUUGGUCCAGGCUUAUUCCUGGGUUAGAAUACGCAGUAGCUGGAAUCUGCCAUUUUAGCUGCAAGCAGCCAGGGAAAGGAUGUUUGGCCUGUCAUUCAUUUCUUAGGAGGCGGGAGUGGUGUCCCUCACCAAUCAGGGCCGCUGUUACUUUUCUGCACGAAGUGUCCAAUGAACAGCACGGAUAGUCGGAGGAUGCCGCCCCUGGCGCCUGUUUUUAACUCCUGUGUCCUUCUUGGGAUAAAUGUGGCGUCUGUUCCUGUGUGACUGUUAUCUAUCCUGACACCUGGAUGCAUCAGAAGCAGGAAAUGGAGCCAGUGACCUUUGAGGAUGUAGCUGUGAGCUUCACCCAAGGAGAGUGGGCUUUGUUGGACUCUACUCAAAAGAAGCUCUACAGAGAUGUGAUGAAGGAAACCUUUGUGAAUCUGAUCUCCAUAGGGAAAACAGAUGAAGGAAACAUAAAUGAGGACUACCAAAAUCUCUGGAGAAGUGCUAAAACUCAGGUGAUUGAGAGUGGCUGUGAAUAUGAACAUGAUAGUCAGUGUGAAGACGUACACCAACAGGUUCCAGAGCAUUUUGUUAAUGCUCUUCCAAUAACAGUAUAUGAAAGCAGUAUGUGUGUAAGAGACAUCAUUGGUCAUUCACCCUCAGAUGUGCACCUCAGAGAUCAAACUGCAAAGACAUCAUUUGAGUAUAAUGAACAUGUGGAGAAAGCUUUUUCACAUAAGAAAUGUUGGAAAGAUUUCAGUCACUCUGAGUCCUUUCAGGUACAUGAAAGUCCUCCUAGAGAGACACCCUAUGAAAAUAAACAAUCUAGUGAAGCUUGUAGGAGUUUUAUUUCUGAUCAUGAUUAUGAGAGAAUUCACACUGGAGUUAACCACGAAUGUAAGCAAAUUGAAAAAGCAUUCAGAAAAGACACUUCUGACCAAUUACAUGAUAGAAUCCACACUGGAGUGAAGCCAUUUGUGUGUAAGCAGUAUAGAGAAGCCUUCAUUAAUCCCAGUCAUCUUAUUAAAUAUGAAACAGUUCACAUGGGAGAAAAACGUUAUGCAUGUAAACAAUGUGGUAAAACAUUUAGAUACGCGUCAUUCCUCCAGAAGCAUGAAAGAAUUCACAGUUUAGAGAACCGGUAUGUAUGUAAGCAGUGUGGGAAAGCAUUUGUUCGUUCCUAUAACCUUCUUGUUCACCAAAGAAUUCACACUGAGGAGAAACCUUAUGCAUGUAAGCAUUGUGGAAAAACCUUCAUCCAACCUAGUAGCUGCUGUUAUCAUGAAAGAAUGCACACUGGAGAGAAGCCUUAUGCAUGUAAGCAGUGUGGAAAAGCCUUCAUCGAUCCUCAUGCCUAUUACAAUCAUGAAAGAACUCACACUGGAGAGAAACCCUAUGUAUGUAAGCAAUGUGGGAAAGCAUUUAUGUGGUCCACAUCCCUCCGCCAGCAUGAAAGAAUUCACACAGGAGAGAAACAUUUUACAUGUAAGCAUUGUGGAAAAGCCUUCACCCAAUCCAGUGUCUGUAGGAGUCAUGAAAGAAUUCACACCGGAGAGAAACCCUAUGUUUGUGUGCAGUGUGGAAAAGCAUGCAUUAGUUCCAGUACUCUUAUUAAGCAUGAAAGAAUUCAUACUGGAGAGAAACCUUAUACAUGUAAACAUUGUGGGAAAGCCUUUGCCCAUUCCAGUUCCCGUAACAGUCAUGAAAGAAUUCACACUGGAAAGAAACCAUAUAUAUGUAAACAUUGUGGGAAAGCCUUUACUGGUUCCAGUGCCCGUAACAGUCAUGAAAGAAUUCACACUGGAGAGAAACCUUAUAUGUGUAACCAUUGUGGGAAAGCCUUCACCAAUUUGAGUGCCCGUAACAGUCAUGAAAGAGUUCACACUGGAGAGAAACCUUUUACAUGUAAACAUUGUGGAAAAGCCUUUGCUCAUUCCAAUGCCCGUAAUAAUCAUGAAAAAAUUCACACCGAAGAGAAACCUUAUACAUGUAAGCAUUGUGGAAAAGCCUUCACCCAAUAUAAUGAUUGUUAUGAUCAUGAAAGAACUCACACUGGAGAGAAAAUAUACAUAUGUAAUAUAAUAUGGGGAAACCUUCAAGUACUCCACAUACCUUCUCAAUGAUAAGAAUUCACACUGGAGAGAAAUCUUGUGCAUGUAAGCAAUGUGGGAAGGUAUUUACGUGUUUCAUAUUCCCUCACAAACACAUAAGAACUCACAGUUAAAAGAAAUACAGUGGUCUAUGGCCAUACCACCCUGAAUGCACCCGAUCUUGUCUGAUCUCGGAAGCUAAGCAGGGUCGGGCCUGGUUAGUACUAGCUGGGCGUGGUGGCACACACCUGUUGUCCCAGCACUUGGGAGGCAGAGGCAGGUGGAUCUCUGUGAGUUCAAGGCCAGCCUGGUCUACAUA